AUGGCCCCCCCAGCCGGCCCCGUGCCGUCCACGCUCUCGCCCGUCCACCUGUAUCGGCACCUCCUCCGCGAGGUUUCCUACUUGCCUCCAGCUUUUCGUCCCGCCAUCUCCUCCGUCAUCCACGCCCGCUUCCACCGACAUGGCACCGUGGACAAGAGGGCCAAGGCACAUCUUGUUCGUGCCAGGAAUGUGCUCCGCACCCUCCGCGCGGCCAACAGCGGCGACAAGGCGGCCAUGGGCGGCCUCAUGGCCCGGGCCUUUGGGAGAUCCGGUCGUCGAAGGCGGGAUCUCCUCCUUCAGUUCGCCAAAUUCCAAGGUCCCGGCGACUGGGGAGCGCUGGAGGCCCUCUUGGACAAGACGCCCGCUUGCCAGGAUGCGUCGACGACGUCGACGACGCCAACACGCCCAAUCGACGAGCCGAGAGCUCCGGGGAAGCGCAGGCAUCUCUUCCUCGAGAAGUGGGACCUGGAGAAACUGACGCAGUUCCUCCACUCGCAGAAGCAGCAGCAAGGACGCACCAAGUCCACGACGAGCUGGCUCGGCUCCGUCAAGAGCACCGAUCAGAACCAGCUCAUCCCUGAACGCAACAUAUGGGGCAAGCCGCCGGCCGAAAGCCUCGUCCGAACCAAGAGGGCCAAGUGGUGGAAGCGAACCGUCGACAAAAUGAUGCCGCCCCUCGGCAGAGGCGAAUGGGACCUCCUCGCUCGGCUGAGCGACGGCGCGCAGGAAGAGAGGGAAUGGGCCAUUCCCGAGAGACGCCAGCCGGCGAUGCCUCUCUCCCCGUCCGAGACGACAUCGUCGUCGGCCUCUUUCCACUGGGAGCCGUGGGCCCGGCAGCCGGCCGCCGUCGUCGAACGGGAAAACUCUCUUCCCAGACAGCUUCGAUCCGGCGGCAGGGCCCUCGGUCCCUACGGCGGCAAGAAGCACAAAACCCUCGUCUCCUCUCGAUGGUUCCAAAGGGCCUACAACAGGAUUUGGCAGCUGUCGCCGAUCACGAGCCAAGACCCGAAUACGCUCCGGUAUUCUUUUCAGUGGGGGGCCGUGCAAUCGAAGCUGCCCCGGCCGACCAAGGCACAGCUCGACAUAUUCCAAGGCGUGGACGCGCGAGGUCGCAAGAUUGACGGCACGUCUUGA